UAUCUAAUAUCAGAAUGGAAAAAUAACUUUAAAUAGCAAAAUAAAGGGCUAUAUAAAUUAAGGGAGAUAGAUAUGAUGUGGAAUUCACUUAUGAAAUUAAUGGGGAAAUUAAAAAUGAUAAAACUUGUUAUGGUAUGAAAACUGUAGGAGAUUUAAUGAAUAGCAUCCUAAAAAAUCAAUUUGCACAUAACUUAUGGCCUUUUGAUUCAACUAAUAAUUUAUUAGGUUAUGAUAUGUUAUUAGUUGAAGUAAAACAUAUUUCUAUUAAACCACUAAAUGAAUGUAUUUAUUUCUAUUAAGCUAGAGGAUAUGAUAUUUGUGCAUUUUAUUGUAAAUAAUACUACUUAAACUUUCCUUUUUAAUAAAAAAUUAGUAACUCUUAGAGAUGUAAUUAUAAAAUUAAAUUUUAGGCUAUCUAAGACUAUAAUAAAGAUAAAGAAAGUGCCCUCAAAAUUGAAAAUUACAAAUUAUUUGAAUUUACGGGAAAACAAAUUAAUGAAGAAAAUAUAGAUAUGCAUCUAUUUAAAAUGAUAAAUGGAGAACAAGGAUAUAUAAAAUAGCUUGUUUAGUGA